AUGGCGGAGUAUAUGUCAGAACGAGAAUUAAGGUUGAAAGAAAGACAUAGGAGGAAAGAGGAUGAAGAAGAAAGAAUUAAGUUAAAAGAAUUAGAAAGGGAGUUAAUAGAAAAACAUGAAAAGGAAAUGAGAGACUUGAGAUUACAACAAGAGAGGAUAAGAAAGGAAAAGUGUGAUAAAUUAAAGCGUAGGAGAGAAAUGUUAGAGAAAGAAUUUAUGUUAGAGAAAAUGAAAGAACAAGAAAGAAUGGUGCUAGAUACAUUUAAACUACCGGAACAAGAGACAAGUAUUACUCAAAGAAAAGAAAGUGAGAGAAUUACUUUCAACAAAUCUAUAAAUGGAAGUAUGGUGGAUGAUAAUGGACAUGGUGAUGAUAGUAAUACAAGUGAUGUUGAAAAUGAACAUAGUGACGAUGAUAUUCUGUAUUCUACACUGGACGAGUUAAAGUUUGACGAUAGUGGAACUUUUAUAGAAGUUGGACAACCAAAUGAUGCCAGUUCAUUUAUUGACUCAUAUCAUGAAAAACUAAGAGAUAUAGACAAAGAGAUACAGUGGUUACAUAACAAGAAUGAGUGUACUACACUCAACACAACCAAAAACACAUUUGAAGAGUGGAAAUUAGAGGUUGAAGUGAUUAUUGAUUCUGAUAUGUAUGAUGAAAAUGUGUUAAGACAAGCAGUGGAGAAAUUCUCUUCGUGGUCAAACAAGAAAAAUAUUAUUAACAAUACCCUUCAACUUCAACAAGGGAAAAUAAUAAGCAAAUUAGAAAAUGUUUAUGGAAUGUACGAAUCAGAAAGUGAGGAAGGAAUAACAGAAUGGGGAAUAAGAUUAGAAACUAUUGUACAGAAAGCUAUUGAGAAAGGACAUGUAAGCGAGAGUCAAAAAGAUGAAAUGUUAAAGACAAGAUUUUGGAGACAGUUAAAGAGUGAACAGUUGAAGAAUGCUACCAGAAUGUACUUUGAGACUGCUAAGUCAUUUGAAGAAUUAAGAAAGAAAGUGAGAUUGGAAGAAUACGAAAUGUUUAGACAGGAUGAUAAGAAAACUACAAGAACAGAGACAAAGGAGACACUGAUAAUAAAGGAAGAAUGGAGAGACAGAGAUCGUGAAAGGACAGAUAAACAAUAUUACAGAGAAAAAGAAGAAACACAAAGAAAAACAGAGAGUAAUACAAAUGAAAAGAGAAUGGAUUUAAACUCGAAGGCGUCUCUGUCGGGGGGCAGAUAG